AGGAGCGAGGAGAUUGAGUUUCUGCACAAUCGCUGCGCUGAAACGAACUCGACCAUGACUCCUCCCUCCGCUCCGAGCCACCCAGCGCAGCCUUCCGCCAAACCGAACCCCUACGCGAGCCCCGACUUCAAGAUCUCGAGCGCCCGCAACCUUGGGUAUCCGUACGAGAUUUGGUACUUCUUCGCAGGCUGCAUCGCGCUCCUCACCCUCGUCAACAUCACUUCGGCGCUCGUCCAUCGUCUUCGUCGCAGGAAUGGAGUCCCUCCCAGUCCUCCCACGGCGUUCAUGCGUCUCCCCGCCGCUUUGAAGUACAUUUUCCGUCGCGUGGCAUUUUACUCGACGGUCUCGUUCGGCGGAUACUCGCUCGAUGUGGCGGAGCUUUUCAUGGCGGUUGGGUAUAUCGGAGUGAUAUUCACUUGGGCGUUCGUGAACACGACAAGUCAGAAGGGCCAACAGCUGCAAUUCUACUAUUGGACGAACCGCGCAGCCUACAUCGUGUCGACACAGUUUCCGAUGGUCGUCGCGCUGGGGAUGAGGAAUAACAUCAUCGGAUAUCUGACGGGUAUCUCGUUGGAUAAGCUUAACCUUCUGCAUCGGGUGGCCGCGCGCGCCUUGUGUGUGCUGAUCUGGGUUCACGGUGGCUCACAGAUGCAUGCGGCUAUUCAAGGACACUAUAUGACGUCGCUCCUGCAGCUGUGGUGGGUGCGGUGGGGUAUCACCGCUGUCACUGCAUUUACCCUGCUCUGCACGUUCUCCGUGCGUCUGAUCCGGCAACGCGCCUACGAGACGUUCCUUAUUGGCCAUUUGCUUGGUGUUUUGUUCUUGCUCGUCGGGGCGUAUCACCACACUAAGGGCAAGCAACAGUCCAUGUAUAUUUGGCCCUCCUUCGUCAUCUGGGCCUUCGACCGUGCCCUGCGCUUCAUCCGCACGUUCAUCGUCAACAGCGGGUACACCUAUCUGCUCGGCAAAUCCGCCGCCCAGUCGGACAUUCUCGACGCCACGGUCGACGUCAUCUCUCCGCACUUUCUGCGCGUCUCGAUCAUGCUCCCCAGCCGCGCCAGCUGGCGCCCCGCCCAAAUUGCAUAUCUCGCGAUCCCAAACGUCAGCCAGACACCUUGGGAGGCGCACCCGUUUUCCAUCGCGAGUCUCGGCGACGGUGAGCAGGAUCAGGCGUCGAUCGGCGGGGGGUCAAGUAACUCGGGAUUGGAGAAACAGCGCUCAUUCACAGAAGCCAACGCCUUGUCUUCAGCCUCGUCGUCGUCGUCGUCGGUGCAGAAGCAGAGGUCCAUGCGUGAGAUGGUGUUCCUGAUCCGUGUCCAUCGCGGCUUCACACGCCGACUUCUCGACGCGGCGCUCGCUGCGAAGGGCCCGGCCAUAUUUGGAGCGCUGGUGGAUGGCCCCCACUGCACGCCGCCCAGUGCACUGGGGUACGCAUCGGUACUGCUCCUUGCAGGCGGCUCGGGCGUCUCGUUCACGCUUCCGCUCCUCCUCGAUCUCCUUCGAGCCGCAUGCGCGAAGGCCAAUCUGUGUUGUGCACGCGUAGUCUUUGUUUGGUCCGUGCGCGAGUCUGACCAGAUCCCCGCGAUAUCACCCCUCCUGUUCCCGGCACUCAUAUCCAACCCGGGGCUCGACGUCGACAUUCGUAUCCAUGUCACGCAGAGCAGGGAGGACACCGACGGUGCGGUGGACGACGACUUGGAGACACCGACCGGCCCAGAGGAAUCAGACACCGAUCUGGCGCGCCUGCAGCGCUUCGCGUGUGUGCGCGUUCAGCGGGGACGGCCGGACAUCGACGAGCUGCUUGCCAGUGAGAUCGCCGCGGUAGGCGGUGGGUCGAUGGCUGUGAAUGUGUGCGGCACACGCGGGUUGGCGAAUCAUGUCCGCCGGGCGCUUAGACGAAGCACUAGCGUAGGCGGAUCGGGAGUGAGUCUGCACGUGGAAUCGUUUGGGGGUGCAUAACGGGGAUGAAUACACGAAACGCAAAUAGACGGCACUCUAGAAGAUGUUUGCUCAUCAACGCAUAAGCACGUACCAUACGGUAGCGGUGCACAGCUGCUCCAGCAGUCCCAGUCUGGUGCCCUUCCCCGACCCUCUCGUCGUAUGUAGAGUGGCAGAUAGAGGAAGUCGGUGGUUCACUAGUAUUGUAAGUUCAAUAACAUGAUUAGAUUUUAGAUCAACACGAGCUCCUUCAAAAACUCGACCAGGGGGUUAUGGAAAGAUGAAAGGUGACGGUCAUGAUCC